GAAACAGCUGCCACUUCAGAAAGUGGCCCUCAAACACGGCCUCUUACAAGCAUCACCAAGCACAAGUCUCCUCUACCGCGAUAUAUCUGCUCUGCGGACCCGUCGCCAAGUGUUCGCCUUCUCGGUCUAGCCCAAUGCCCUCAUGUCUUUGACUCGCACCAGCCAACACUUCGCCGACACUUCCGUUUGGGAUACAGCCGACUGACAGCAACUCGGUCGGACGGUGUCCGCCGUCGCCUCGGACGCGCCACAGCAUUUAGGGAGCCCCGCCAGUCGAGGCUUCAGUUUGCUCUUGUGUCGCUGCCAAAGCUCGCCACGGACUGCCCUGGAAUCAAGGUCUCGUGCUGAGAACACAUCGCCUGCACCGUUCCUCGUUCAAUACCGGCAGCAUGUGCCUUACCAAGAUCUACUACAACACCUACGCGGACGGGGCUCAGGAUAUCACCGAGAAGACCUACCCGUGUAGGGACGGCAGACGAUGUUCGCACCCGGAAGUGCGCAAGUACGACCGUAAGUUCCCCUUCACCAAGCUGGGGGACGCGCAGCCCGAAUCGUACAGGAGCCUCUCGGAGCGCAAGCCAACGCCGUACGUCUCCUCCGCCCACGCGGCUCGUGGCUCCAAGUCGCCCUCGCCCUCGGGCAGGCGCGACUCCGGAGUCUACAUGACCGGCGCCAACUCGACAAAGCGCUACUACGACUACCAGGACCUCUACGGAUACGAUGCUUACGGUUAUCACCAUUCGUCAUCCCGCCAUGACCCGCGUGACUGGCACGACCGAGGCCGCGAGCCUCGACGCAAGCGGUCGUCCGCCAGCCCGCAAAUCGUCUACGUGGACCGCGAGGGCAAAUCGUCGCGCUCGCGCUCCAACAGCCGCGAGUACUCCCGCGACGUCCCCCUGGGUCUGGUGACCCUCGCCGACGAGUACGGCCGUCGCCGCUCCUCCCGCUCGCGCUCGCGCGAAGGGUCCUCCUCCCGCGAGGGAAGCGACCACCACCGGUCCUCUCACCGCCGCCACCGCACCGACGACCCGUACGGGUACGUGCUGAUCGACGACCGGGACGAGCGCCGGCGCCAGCGGCGCGAGCAGAAGCACCGCCGCCUGUCGUCGUCUAGCUACACCGAGCCGUCCACCUCCUCGGCAGCGGCGGCGGCGGCGGGCCUGAUGACGAGCGACGCGUACGACCCGCUCCGGUACACGCCGCGGCACGCCGCAUCGACGGUCCUGCACCACCACGGCGACGGGCCCCUCUCGUCCGCGGGCGGGUCGUCGGCGGCGGCCGCCAGGCCCAAGCAGCUGCGGUGGGAGGACGAGGUGCGCGCGAAGCGGGAGCGGCAGAACGCCGAGAUCGCCAGCCGGCCGGCGCCGGGCGGCGAGAUGAAGGGGAUUCUGAAGCACGCGGCGGCGGGCGAGUCGAAGGGGAAGGGGAAGGCGCGGGAUCUGGAGGAUAUCGAGGAGCUGCGGCGCGCGGUGGAGCGCAUGGAGAUCCCGCGGGGCAGGGACCGCGAGCCGCGCGGCAAGGAUGAGUGGGAUGCCGCCUGGGGAGUGUAUGCCGAGGAUUCGGGCAGGGACAGGAAGAAGAAGAGCAAGGUCCUCGGGGAUGAUCGGUACCGGUACUGA